AUGUCGGAAUACGCUCUCCUCGCGCCGUCCUCACGCGUCAUCUUGAAGGAUGCCCUCACGUGGAAACCAUGGAUUGCCAGUAUCAAAGGUAUCGCGGAGCAAUUCGGUAUAUGGGAACUAUGUGAUCCAAAGAAUAAAACACAACCAGAGGUUCCAAAAGAACCAGAAGAGCCAUCGAUCGAGGAUGCUAAGAAGAAGCACCCAGAUGAUUGGUACGAAACUAUCAAGCUUGAGCAAGCUAUAUGCGUUGACCCGAGACUUCAAGCCUUUAUCCCUUCCUAUACCACACCGUGGGAAUUGCUUCGAAAUCUGCGCCAGAAAUUUGUACCUGAAUGUGAUCCUAUCUAUGCUGCUCAGCUUCGAAAGCGAUGGAGAAAUCUAGACCAAGGUUUAGAUGGUUUAGAUCGAAACACUGAUAUAGACAAAUGGCUGUUGAAUUGGGAAACCCUUCAAGCACGCUGUGCAGACAUAGGGUAUAUCGAUGCCAAAGAAGCAAGCAUCCAAUUCCUACAUGCUAUCUCAGCUAUGUCACCUGAGUUUUAUGAAAUAUGGACCCUGAGACUAGAAGACAAGAAGGACGUUGACUUUUCGGAGCUCCUUACCAGGUAUAAAGUACAUUGGUCAAUUAGCCAUGGCAAAUCCGGCGGGGGCGCACCCCAAAGAAGCGUUUCAAAAGCCACUUUCUCAACCAGGCAAGGUCAUGAAGAAGCAAAGCCAAAACCAGCAAAGGAGCAUGUUCCCAUUGAGCAAAGAAGUUGUCCAUGUGGAUCUAAAUCUAGGCAUGCACCAUGGAAAUGCUGGGCUGCCUAUGAAUCUGAUAAACCAGCAGGCUUUAAAACAUUCCCACAUCUAAAGAAGAGAUGGGAAAAAGCCAUGAAAGCAGACCCUGCCUGGAGAACCUUUGUGGAAAAGAAGAGAUCGGAAAUGGGGAAGGAGAAGGAGACACCGCAGGCAGAUUCGGCAUUUGAAAGUGUUCCCGUUCGAACCCAACGAAUGAAGCUUGAGUAUGAACCUGAGUCUGAACCAAAGCCGGUCGAAAACAGAUGGGUUGUUGCUACAGGUGCACAGGUGCACGUGUGCAACAACAGAAGCUUAUUCGUCACCUUCGAAAAUGCACGAACCAAUGUGAAGGUUGGGGAUACGAGAACGGAUGUGAUCGGAAUCGGCACUGUAGUCAUCUAUGGUGUCAGCCCUGAUACUGGAAAGAUAAGGAAGUUGAUUCUCUACGAGACCAGAUACUCUCCCAAUUUCCAUACCAAUCUGAUAUCCCAUGGAUUGCUGACGCGGGGAAGAGUCUUUAUGAACUUCAGGAAGAAUUGGAUCGAGACUACCGAUGGUAGACCGAUCUACAAGAUCUAUCAAGACCUAAAUUUAUCCUGGUUCACCGAGCCAGGAGAGGGGUUUCAAGGACCCGAAGAACUAGUCUUUGCGACUAAGAAAUCAGCACGAGAACCAGAGUCAGAGCUCCAAUUGAGAUCUGGCAUAGACGCCUAG